AUGGAACGACAAUAUUUAAAUGUGAACAGGUUUGUGCUUUGGGCAAAGAGCUCCAACCCGGUGAUUCUUCCGGCUACCGGAGGCUCUUUUACUCUCGCCGGCUAUCAGAACGACACCUGUCCCCUUGUGGUCGUCCAUGCCCAGUCACAGAAAGCUGAUUCCCUCAAGUUCCCGCCGGUAACAUUCUUGCCGGCUGAUCCGAGCGCCCAUGUGGUUCAAACCUCCACGAACGUGAACGUAAAGUUCUCUACGACGUCGUCGAAACCCUGUGGGAGCUCAAUGGUGUGGAGGCUGCUGAAAAGGAUAACGGAAGCCAGAUUUAUUAGCACAGACGGCGUUGAAGGAAAUCCUAACGUAAACACCUUCGUGAACUGGUUCAAGAUCGAGAAAUUAUCUUCCGACGGUAAAAGCGGCGGCGCCUAUAAGCUCAGGUUUUGCCCAACGGAAGUCUGCAAAUGCUCCGUCACGUGCAGCGAUCUUGGCAUUUUUGUUGCAGAUGACAAGAAACGGUAUCUGGGUCUGGCCGACAAGGUCGAACCGAUCAGCGUUGUGUUUAAGAGGGCGAGCUAA